AGAGUUGGAUUGAAAGAUGUCUCAGUGAAAGUGAAAACAAACGUUAUUCCAGCCACACAUCUCUGGCAAAUGUUUCUAAUGAUGAAAAUGAGGAGAAAGAGAAUAACAGAGCAUCCAAACCACACUCUACCCCAGCAACUCUGCAAUGGUUGGAGGAGAAUUACGAGAUUGCAGAAGGUGUCUGCAUUCCUCGAAGUGCCCUCUACAUGCACUAUUUGGAUUUCUGUGAGAAAAAUGAUACUCAGCCUGUCAAUGCUGCUAGUUUUGGAAAGAUAAUAAGACAACAGUUUCCACAGUUAACGACACGAAGAUUAGGAACCAGAGGCCAAUCAAAGUACCAUUACUAUGGCAUUGCAGUGAAAGAAAGCUCCCAGUAUUAUGACGUGAUGUAUUCUAAGAAAGGAGCAGCCUGGGUCAAUGAAACAGGAAAAAAAGAAGUAAUCAAACAGACAGUGGCAUAUUCACCACGAUCCAAACUUGGGACGUUGCUGCCAGAAUUUCCAAAUGUCAAAGAACUAAAUCUGCCAGCCAGCCUGCCAGAAGAGAAGGUAUCUACUUUUAUAAUGAUGUACAGAACACAUUGUCAAAGGAUACUUGAUACUGUAAUAAGAGCCAACUUUGAUGAGUUGUCAGUAUCCAGAAGAUUUUCUCAGAUUCUUCGGAGGCAGACAUCGUUAAACCAUCUAUGUCAGGCUUCAAGAACUGUGAUCCACAGUGCAGACAUUACAUUCCAAAUGCUGGAAGAUUGGAGGAAUGUGGAUCUUAACAGUAUCACUAAACAAACACUGUACACCAUGGAAGAUUCGCAAGAGGAGCACAGGAAACUUAUAAUACAAUUAUAUCAGGAAUUUGAUCACCUUUUGGAAGACCAGUCACCCAUUGAAUCAUACAUCGAAUGGCUAGAUUCCAUGGUGGAUAGAUGUGUUGUGAAGGUAGCUGCAAAAAGACCAGGUUACCUGAAGAAAGUGGCCCCGCAGUUCCUCUUGAUGUGGUCCUGUUUUGGCACAAGAGUAAUUCGGGAUAUGACUUUGCAUAGUGCCCCUAGCUUCGGAUCUUUUCACCUUAUUCACCUGAUGUUUGAUGACUAUGUGUUGUACUUGUUAGAAUCACUCCACUGCCAGGAGAGAGCCAAUGAACUGAUGAGGGCGAUGAAAGGUGGCACUGGAAUAGUUGAAGUACGAGAAGAGAUCAUAGUGGCAGAACCUGUCCCAUCGAGUCCCUCCCCUGUUGCUUUCUCUCCAGCGAAAUCUGCCACCUCAGUGGAUGUUCCAUCCGUUCCCUCUCCUAUAACCAGUCAGUCCCCAGAGUAUGCUGGCUUAGCAACCACCACAGGGGCCAUGCAGUCCUAUACAUGGUCUCUCACGUAUACUGUAACUACAGCUGCUGGAUCACCUGCUGAAAACUCUCAACCGCUGCCUUGCAUGAGAAGUCCUCAUGUCCCUCAUUCAUCUGUGACACAUAGGAUACCUGUUUAUCACCACAGAGAAGAGCAUGGGUACACGGGAAGUUACAACUAUGGUACUUACGGAAACCAGCACUCCCACCCAAUGCAGAGCCAAUAUCCAUCUUUACCACAUGACAGCACUAUUUCUGCGCCCCUCCAUUACUCAGCUUAUCACAGAAACUCUUCACAGUACCCUUUCAAUAGCCCGUCUUCACGGAUGGAGCCAUGCUUGAUGAGCAGCACCCCAAGAUUGCAUCCAUCUCCAGUUACACCUCGCUGGCCGGAGGUGCCCUCAGCAAACCCUUGCUAUACAAGUCCACCAAUGCAUUCCACAAGAUAUGGAAAUUCCAAUGACAUGUACACCCCGUUAACCACACGGAGAAAUUCUGAAUAUGAGCACAUGCAACACUUUCCUGGCUUUGCCUACAUCAAUGGGGAAGCAACCACAGGAUGGGCAAAAUAAACACGACUGGUAAUAAUAUCAAUCCUACAUAUUUAAUUUAAAAGAAACACAGACAAAAUGGUCUAUGCCUGUUAGUAGAGUAACGGAAGUCUUAUGUGAACAUUGGUAAUGACUAUGAAGAUGGGAAAUCUCCUGGGCACGUGACUAUAAGCAUGGCAUGCUCUACUGCUCUAGGCCAGUGCAAUGGUUCCUCCAAGCAAGCAAGGUUUUAGUGCUGCUAUUAGCAUUAUGUAGGCCAAGGUGUGUCUUUCAUUGUGUGUCUUUCUCCACAUGCUAAAAUCUGCCCUAAUAUAUGUCAUUUCAAUUAUCACUGAAUGUUCUCCAUCUGCUUUGCUUGUUCAUAAACCUACAAUUGCAGUAGAAGUUAUCUGUAUCAGACAGGCCUAUGUUCCUCAGCACACCAUGGAAGCAUAAUGGAUUUUAAACUCAUCCAGUCUGGUCAUCAAAAAAAAAAAGUAUUGAUUUAAUAAUCUACAUCACACUAAGCUACCAUAAACAGAAUCCUCUAAUUUUCCUGUCUUGAGUCCAUUUUUGUGUGUUAAAAUUGUGUGGAGUUAGCUUCUUGAAACCCUCCUUCAAAUGCAGCUAUUAAUACAGUUUAAAAAUGUCUAGUCCCUCAAGAUAGAUAGGGGAGAUCUUACAGUAAGGAGGACAUGCUUUCUUUUUCAGCGCAUGGCUUAGCAUUUUUAUCAUUAUCAACCUACACAAUUUAACAGCUAGAAGUGUUGACUGAGAAGCACCCAGUUUUCCUAUGGGCCAGAAAUAAGCCCAGGGUUAAAACCAGAUUGCUUCUGUUUUUGUUUUUUCUGUUUAAAAAAAAUAGAUAAGAUUUUAAAGUGUAUUACAGGCAGGCAAAAGGAGGGUAUCAAUGCUUUCCCCCUAAGUAAAUAUUCAUUUCCCAUUUCAUAUGCUUGUUCCACAUGCUUAUUUUAGCUUCUUGGUGGAAGGUAGGCAGUCCAAAUUUUAAAAAGCAGAUUGAGAGGGAGGGUAAUCAAGAGAAAAUGGAAGAUAACUCCUUCCUUUUCUGUACUGCUCUUCAUAGUUUCUCCUGCAGCAUCGAUGUGUCACAUGGCAGACAAGUAAUGGCUUCAUGCAACGCAACAUGUAAUGCAGUGAUCACAAUACUGGCUUAUAUAUCUGGGAUUUGUAAAGAUAUUUGACAUGCAGUGUUUGAUUAGCAUCCAUAUUUUCUCACUGAAACGUUGUAAAUGAUCUUUAAGGAAAACACAUUGGAAUGAGCAAAUUUUUACUAAAGGAAAAUGAAAUAAGUUUUUUGUCUCUUUUUAAAAACCUCCACUUGCUUUUUUCCAGAGUUGUUACUGUUGCCCUGAGUUUCUAAUGAUAUUUGAGGCUUUUUAAAGCAGCACAUUACAGUAGUUGUGUUUAGGUGAAUUUCACUUGUACCUUUAUAUCGUGGUGCACUUUCCCAUUGAUCAAAUAAGUGUCACCUUAAAGAAAAGAUGUGUAAUAUUGAAUGAUCACUGCCUUAAAUUACUGUGUUUUGUACUAUGUUAUCAGUAUUUAUAUCACUCUAUUGUUAUUAAACAUAAUGCAUCCUUAAUUACAAGGGGUGCUGCCCCAUUUCUAUAGAACAUUACUGUAUGUGUGAAAGAAAAGAAGUGUAUUGUAAAGACCAGGUAGGGAAAAACAUCUGCUUCUACUGGAUGUAUAACAUCAGCCUUAGUGAAAUCCUUCCUUCCAUAACUUCACAUUGCUUUCAAUCUGACCCUGGAUGGAAAACACAUCUUUAGAUCUUCUUUCUCCCUGAAGUUGCUGGUAAACCAAUAUGGUGAUCUAGAGAAAUGGUAUACUAUCUGGGGAAAUCUGGGAGUUGAAGUCCAUACAUGUUAGGAGUUGCCAAGGUUGAGAAACACUGAUCUAAAGGAUAGCUAGAAGUUGGAUAGUCCAUUGGGGUGUGUGGAAGAGCCCUAAAUAUUAUCUAUCAAAGUCUUGAUAUUGGACAUUAAGACUAUGGAAAUUAGCACAAACACAUCCAAGAAGAGGGUUAUUUGGACUCCUAUAGGACAACUGCUAUGAUAAGAAUCUUAUGAGAGCAAAAAAAAAAGCAAUUGCUAUGUGUGAGACUUAUCAUAAAAGAUGACAACCAAUUUAUAAUGUCUGGUCCUGGGCUCCUUUGCUAAGACAAUUCCUUACGUUUAUACACAUUUCAAAGUUGUGCCUUUUUAAACCUAUUCUGUGUUAUGUAAAGUAAGGGGAAAUUGUAAUUUUGAGUCUUAUUUUU